AUGCUUUCUAAGGCGCUACAGAAGGCCAACGCUGCUGUCCUCCUCGAUAAUGCUAUGAACUACGAGGGCGCCAUCGAUGCUUACAACGAUGCGUGUCAGCUCCUACAACAUGUGAUGCAUCAUAGUGGUGGUCAUGAUGAGAAACAGAAGCUAGAGGAGAUUCGAAAUACUUAUACGAGUCGGGUAACUGAGCUUCGAAGGCUCGGUCUACCAUCCCAGCGUGCCGAUGGGAAGGCUUUACCUGAGCCACCUCAAGGGGCGGAAUCUCCUUCUGAUGUUGUUUUCCCGUCGUAUCCGAUGAAUGAGACAGAGUAUCAGGAUACACCCACACCUGUAGUAGCGAACCUAGUCACCAAUGACGGCGCCUAUUCUGGUGGCUCUCGAGGGCAACGCAGCUUAGCUCCCUCACAAAUCCCUCCAAGACGCCAGUCUCUACUACCAUCUGUAUUUGAUGAGGAUGUUAGACUCUCAAAUUCAGUCUCAAAUUCAGUCUCAAAUUCACGACUGUUGCACGAACGUUCACAGUCCAAGUCGUUUAAAAACGCCGCUCGUAUAAAAGCGAAAGUUUCUAAGGAGACAUUAAAACAUGCACGUUUAGAUUCCGCAACGACAGGUAAGACGCCUUCGUCGCCAAACACGUAUUCCCCACCAACGGAAUUCACGAAGCAAGCAUCUAUUCAAUUAAAAUCAUCAAACCCUCUUCCGCCUUUGCCGAAACAGCAUUCCCGUGAUGCAAGCACCGAAUCAAUAUCCUGGCUCGACACUAUUGAUGAGUCUGGCGCUUCAUCAAGUUCCUCAAUUCGAUCGCGGUCAUCGUUAUUCUAUAUCCGACCGAAACACGGCCGCAAUGCCAGCGAUGGUACUGAAGCGGAAUUUGAUGCUGCUCUGGAUGCCGCUGUUGAAGCAGCCUAUGAUCAAGGAUUUGAGCCAGUACGCGAGGCAGAUAGUAUCGUACCUGGUGAUAUUAUAUCUAAUGCCAGGAGGAAUGUUGAAUUAGCAAAGCAAAAGGUCAGGGAGGCUCAGAUAGAAUCCGAAGCUGCGUUAGCUAGAAACAACGAGAGACGCAUAUUGAAUGACGACGAUGUUCUGUUAAAUUUUGGGGCAGUUGCUGGAGGAUAUGAUGAGGACGUAGAGAAUGAGGAGGAGGAGCGCAUUUUGGAGGAGAUGAUGGCCGACUUCGAAUUUGACCUGCAAUCAAAAUCUGCCCUUCCGCGCCAGUCAGACUCCAGUGGAUUUUCUGGUAGGACUUGGGGGAGUUCCAUUGGAUCAAGCCUAACGACUGCGGGCGGUUCACUUUCAACCCUUGCUGAAGGUGUUGAAUUUCAAUCCUUGGGUGCGAGGGUGAAACCGACUUCAUCCCCUCCUCACCCGCCCCCAAUUUCUGCAUUACCACCGCCACCAGUAUCAUCUUCCUUGCAAUCGUUGCCUCCCUUGCCGCCAUGUUUGCCAUCGCCUUUACCUUCGGUUUCCAAUACGAUCCUGGCGACAUCAACUAAAUCAACAAGUGUGAGAGGUAGACGAGCGAACAAUGGCUUGAGUCCGAAAGAACUAUCCAUCGAAACGAAUAGGCGACAGGCUGCCCCUCUUUCUACAGCAGUUACCCACAUGUCUUCAUCGGGCCCUAAAACUGAGGGUAAAGUUAGUGUACAAGUACCACUUGCUCAAGAUGCGACUUGUGAGGUCAAAACGAUUGCAACAAAUAACCCUAUACAAGCCACUCCGUCGGCUUCAAAACCUCUGGAAUCUGGUCAUACCGACUCAAUCACCAAUAGGACCCAGAUCCAAGAGGUAGAUGACUCUGGUUCUUUACCAUCGCAAUCACAUAUAGUAGCAAAAGUUCCGUCAGCCCCAGAAAAUCUUAGAAAGAACAUAUCUUCCUCGAGUCUCAGGGCCAUGAAAGCUAGAGGUAUGUCUGUUUCAACUCCAGAUAUCGUCUCACAGACACCAGGUACGCCGGCUAGCGCCUCUUUUGCGAAUAUAGAGCCGAGGAAAGUGAGCAGUCCUUCACUCCCUUCUUCAUUCACUCCUACCACCGGUGCUUUUGCUGCCAACAGUCUUCAAGCCGGGGGCCCCUACAUUUUCGAUAACCAUAUCCACUCAUUUACAAACCCGGGUUCCUCCAACCCAUCUGUUUCGAAUUCUCCUCUGCCCUUGGAACCUUGCCCGCAAUCUUUUCUUCUUCGACCAUUUUGGUUAAUGAGGUGUUUGUAUCAGACCAUUGCCCAUCCUCGAGGUGGGUAUAUUACAGCGAAGCUCUUUGUGCCACGGGAUGUGUGGCGAGUCCAGAAUGUUAAAUUAAAGGCCGUGGAAGAGAAAAUAUCAAGUUGCGAUCUUUUAACGGCCGCCCUGCUGAAGCUCGCCCAGGCUGACAAUUACGAUGCUGAAGCCGUUCUCGAGGAGAUGCAGUCGUUAGAAAAUGUCCUUGAUCAAGUCCAGAAUAUAUGGUCAAAAAAGCUGGGCAAUGAGGUUGGCGUCCAAGGAUCCAUGCCCCUUUUUAAGUCAUCGGUAGAAGAUACUUCUACAAUCCAUGAAAAUGCCGCAGGAAGGCAUGCCGGUGGCUCAAGCAAAUCAUAUUUAACGUCCUGGCGAAAGUUAAGAUCGAAAAACUCUGGAACGGGUAGCCCUGCCCAGUCAACCUCUGCACCGAAGGAUGGAGGCAGGGAUGCACUUACGAUGAAGUCGUUGCCGAUGACAGACAGCCUUGAUUUUCGUACGCCGAAGAGAAAUGUAACUCAGUUGCAGUGUACUGGUCCCAAUGCGAGCUACAUGAGUGCUCUGGCGAGGCUAUUCGACGCGGCUCAGAUCCUUGAUCAAAUUGCUCGACAAGUCGAAGACCCUGGUUUAAAGCAUUCAUCUGAGACGCUUGUUGGGCUUGAGCUUAGCGCUCGGCAUGCGUCUGAGUUUUUCGGCUUUUAUGUUUGUCGAUUCGUGCUCAAUGACAUAGGCUUGAUGAUUGAUAAGUUUGUCAAACGAGGGAGUGAAUGGGUUAUGGUGUAAUUAUAUGUUGGGUAUUAUAUUAUAGAAGUUUAAAUUUAGAUGCUUCCAUAUUC